CAGGGAGGCACUGGGCAGAAAGGCCCGAGGGACACAGCCUGACCCUGAAGGCUGGAGCAACACGGACCAGGCAGGAGGCGGGGGCCUGUGCCCUCACCCAGCCAGGAGACAGGGAGCAGGGGGGAAUGUUCUCCCAGGAGUGAAGCCUCUACUUCCGGUUUUCAAUUAGAAAAAAUGGAGCCGAGAGCUCACAUCCCCACGUGGAAGCUAAGCUCUGCAAAAGCCGGGUGGAUUCCCCCCCACCCCCACCCAGCCCCUGCACUGGUUCCGGAGAGACCCCUGGAGCCUUGGUCAGGGGAGGGGCAGAAGCAGUCGGUGCCUGGGAAGCGCCCCUCCCCCCACGGCGGUUACAUCAGCGUGAGGAUGCGGAUGGAGGAGGAGGAGGAGGAAGAGGGGAGGAGAGCAGAACAGCUAAUAUUGACCCAGCCUGGGGCUCAGGGCUCUGCACCCGUUAACCCGUUCCAGUUCUUACCACAGCCAGGCAAGGCGUGGGUGCUGUCAGCCUCCCGGCUUCACAGAAGGAAAACAGAGGCACAGAGAGGUACAGUCACCCGCGUGAGGUCACACAGCUGGUAAGUGCAGAGCUGGAGUCUGGACCCGGGCCCCCCAGCACUGGUGAGGGGAGUGGGGGGCUGUGACAGGUGGCUGGGGUGCAGGUCUUCCCUUGGCCACUGUCAGGUUGGAGGGGUCAUCGGGUUCUGAGGGCGAGGUGGUGACCCCCGGUCCAGCUCCUCUCUGGAUACCAGUGCGAUGUGUUUUCCUGGACUGCUCACCACAAGGCCGGUUUCUCUGAACAAACUCGUCAGGCGGGAAAGGAGGGCAGAGGCUUCCGGGGGCUGGUCAGGUGGCUUGGCCGCCUUCCCUGGCUCCGGACUCCCCUGCUGCGUCCUGGGCCUGAGCAGUGACUCGCUGACCCCCACCGUGGGGACCUCAGUAGGCAAGGUCCAUGCCCCGGCUGCCUGGCUGCACCUGCCCCAGGACUCACCACACCCGACCUCCAGCCCAUUAGAUUUGCAAAAGAGAAGACAAAGCACUUGCUCAAAAUAAAUAAAUAAAUAACCACCCCCUGCACUUCCUGGGAUCAGGUGACUGGCUGAGAGCUUCCUACCCAUCGUGUACCCGCCGGGCACUCUCACCGUUCCCCGACUUCUGGCCGCAGGGCGUCACUAGCUCAGCCCCUGGGCCGCCCCCACCCCCAGGGAAGGAUCGUGGGAUCCACAGGAGACCAGCAGCAGAGCUCUGCCAACCCAGGGCCCCAGUGGUCACCCUCUGCCAGUUCAAAGUCACCUCUGCUCCGACUUCUCAGCCAGCCGGCCAGCGCCAGCCCAAGGGCUCCCUCCCACUCCACGCACGCAGCAGGAUCCAGGAACCUAUCCCUAUUGGGCAAUUAUUAAUCGGAUUCUUGACAUUCCUCAGGCCCCAGGCCACCUGAGAAGCAUGCUCCCGGGAGCAGUGGAGGCCCCGGACUGGCACUGGGACAUGCAGCUGACAGGCAGAGUGCUGCUGUCGGCCGCCGCCCUGCUCCUGGUGACCGCAGCCUAUAGACUGUACAAGUCCAGGCCUGCCUCGGCGCAGCAGGGGAGUGGCAAUGCCAAGGCCAAGGCCGAGGAGGAAGCAGAGGGCUCCGGGCAGCCUGCCGUCCAGGGGGCUCCUGCAGGUGUGCGGCAGACAGGGCCGAGACGCCGGAGGGUCAGCCAGGGCGGCAGCUGCGAGGAUCCAGGAAGCCCCGGAGUGCUGGCCUCGGAAGCUACUUCCAGAGACGGGAGGCCCCAGAGCAGAGGCUCCAGGGAGGAGCCGGGCAGGUGGCACCCAGACUCGGAGCAGGUGCCUCCUCGCUGCCGCGGCUGCGAAGCAGGAACAACUGUUGGCGGUAAGCCCAGCCCUCCCCACUGCCUCCCACCGAGCAGUGAACCCAAAAGCCACCCAGCUGGACUCGCAGCAGCAGCCGCGGACGGCAGCGGUGUGGGUGGCGAGCCUGUUCCCCGGGGGGGCGGCACGGUGCCGGGACAGCCAGGGCCAGGGGAGCGGGAACCCUGCCGCCAGCACUGCAUGGCCCCUGCGGCAGGCCGUAGUGACAUGAAUCCAAGCUGGGUCUUCACCCGCGUGACGGGGGUCAGCAGGGAAGAGGCCGGGGCCCUCCAGGCCGCGUCUGACUUGGGCCUGGCCCUGCACCAGCAGGAGGGCGCCACCGACGCCUCCUACACCUUCUCGUCGGUGGCUCGGGUCCGCGUGGAGGAGAAUUUCAUUCAGCAGGUGGAGGGGAGGGGGCUCGGGCUGAAGGGCAAGGUGUACGAUUACUACGUGGAAUCCACCUCGCGGGCCGUGUCCAGGCGGGCCCCCCAGACGGCAGCCUUGACUGAGGCUCCUCCCCCUGGGGCACUGCCAGGCCCCCCCAGGGCAGCGGUAGCCUCCAGAGGCCCGGAGCAGAACACGGAAGAUGGAGCGGAAGCGGCCGCCUCCCCGCCACUUGUGCAGGUGCCCUCCGCACGCGGCUUCGGCAGGAAGGAGAGCCUCCUGCAGAUCGCCGAGAACCCAGAGCUGCAGCUCCGGCUCCAGGGCUUCGCUGCCCCGGCUCCGCCCAGCCCGGCCCAGGACGCCGAGGCCGGCCCAGCCGGAAGCAGCGGCGAGCCCCACGUGCAGCUCGUGGCCGGGACCAAUUUCUUCCACGUUCCGCUCACCCCCGAUUCGGCCCCAGACAUCCGCCUGGAUCUGGGCAAUUGCUAUGAGGUUCUGACCUUGGCCAAGAGGCAGGACCUGGAGGCCCUCAAGGAGGCGGCCUACAAGGUGAUGAGUGACAACUACCUCCAGGUGUUGCGCAGCCCGGACAUCUACGGCUGCCUGAACGGGGCGGAGCGGGAGCAGAUCCUCCAGCAGCGGCUCCGCGGCCACAAGUACCUGGUGGUGGCUGACGUGUGCCCCCAGCGAGACGCGGGCCGCCUCUGUUGCUAUGACGACGCACAGGAUGCCUGGCACCUGCUGGCCCACAUGCCCCCUGAGGCUGUGUCCCGGGGCUGUGCCAUCUGUAGUCUCUUCAAUUAUGUCUUUGUGGUGUCCGGCUGCCAGGGGCCGGGACGCCAGCCCUCCAACCGCGUCUUCUGUUACAACCCCCUGACGGGCAUCUGGAGCGAGGUGUGCCCUCUGAACCAGGCCCGCCCGCACUGCCGGCUGGUGGCCCUGGCUGGGCACCUGUACGCCAUCGGGGGCGAGUGUCUGAACACCGUUGAGCGCUACGACCCUCGGCUGGACCGCUGGGACUUCGCCCCACCACUCCCCAAUGACACCUUCGCCCUGGCGCACACAGCCACGGCGUGCGCCGAUGAGAUCUUCGUCACCGGGGGCUCCCUGCGCUACCUGCUGCUCCGCUUCUCAGUCCGGGAGCAGCGCUGGUGGGCCGGCCCCACGGGGGGCAGCAAGGACCGCACGGCCGAGAUGGUGGCGGUCAACGGCUUCCUCUACCGCUUUGACCUCCACCGCAGCCUGGGCAUCGGCGUGUACCGCUGCAGCGCCAGCACCCGGCUCUGGUACGAGUGCGCCACGGCCCGGACGCCUUACCCGGACGCCUUCCAGUGCGCCGUGGUGGGCGAGCGCAUCUACUGCGUGGGGCCCCGGCGCAUGCUCUGCUUCCUGGCUGACCACAUCUCGCCCAGGUUUGUGCCCAGCGAGCUGCAGAGCUUCCCCGACCCCCAGGGCACCCUCCUGCCCACCGUCCUGACCUUGCCCGCCCCCAAUGUGCCUCAGACCAGCGUCUAGCAGUCCCCCUGCCGGGCUCCGUGUGCCAAACCAGGAGGCAAGGAGCAGCGCCCGCCCAACCUGUCGCUCCGUGGGCUGCGCCUGAGCCAUCAGCUGCCCAGGAAUUUGGUCAUCAAGAGGCAAAUCCUGAUCCUUCCUCCUCGCUCGCUGGGGGAUCUCAGAGGCAUCGUCACCCUUGGUGGGCUGCAGGGUCCACUGUGGAAAACAGGAGCCUGGGCCUGGGGCCCCAGGGCAGAAGGCAUCACAUCGCUCUGUACCCUUGCUUCAGAUCUGGAUUUUUGGGUUGAAGGGGAUACACCAGGACCCCAGCAGAGCUCAGGGGCCCAGGGGCCCUCUGCAGAGGGAAUUGGCCUCCAUGAGCCACCUGUGCCCCUUCCAAAGCCUGGGCCACUGGGCCCCAGCUCGGUGGUUCCCAGAGGCCCCUGGAACACACCGGUGGGGGGAAAAUAUCAAGGCAGGUGGCUCUAGCAGGACCAGGAAGGAGCCUGGGCCAAGGGAGGGGGAGUUGAGGAGCAGAACAGCGCAGGCGGGAGCAGCCCCCGGGGACUGUGGCUUGCAGGGUAAAUUGACCAAAGCCGGCUUUACUUCUGCUCAUUACCUGGACGGAAGAGAAGCAUCCACUUUAAUGAGCCCUCUUCCUGGAGAGGUCUGUUCAGAGUACAGCUCGCCCCAUAAAUGAGGUCUCCGGAGCGGGAGGGGAAGACCCCUCUGAGCCCCGCCCACGCCCGUUGCGCUGGGCCCGGGGUCUCAGGAUCCAUCCGGGUAACCCAGUCCUCCUGUCCAGAAGCUGGGACACCACCACCACUCAGCACCCCCGUGCCAUGGGGUCGUCGCUUGUCCCCUUCGGACAGGAGAACGGCACACAAUGAAGCAGAGCCCUGGGGACAGGAGAGCGGCACACGAUGGAGCGGAGCCCUGGAGCCCAGCCGCAAGCCAGGGAGGUGGGAGGAGCACCAGGGCAGGGCUGGCAAGGCCAGGUUCAACACUCAGGCCUGAGAAUCUCCCAGGAUCCCACAGGGGUGGGGAGGGUGGCUUCAGCCAAGACUCAGAGGCAGCGCUGGUGUAAUGGCGGCAGCCUGGGCAGGUGGCGGCGGGGGGAGGGGGAUGUUUGAGAGGAGAGCCAGUCGGGGAGCUGGGGGCGGGUAGAGCCAGGCGUGCUGCUGGCGAGCAGCCCAGCGAGGACUGGACGGCCACCAAGCAGGUUCACUUGCAGGACCGGCCCCAGUCCGGAAGCCUGUUGCACACCCAUGGUGGGGACCAGGAAAGUGGUUCCAGGGACAAGGCAGCAAAAUUUGUUGGAGACCUCAGUGGCUGGUGGGUGUGGCUUUCGUAAUGAGAGGAGAGCAGAGCUCGGGCCUGGGCUGAGAUAUGAUGUCCACUGGGCAUCUCAUCUGCUUCCCUGAGAGUCUCACAGCAGACAUCACUAAUCAAACACCGUAUCUUUCCUGAUGGGCCCCAGCUGUCCCAACACAAUGUCCCAGGCGGCCACUGCCCUUAGAUCAGAGCUGGUGUAUUUGUCGCCCCUGGCCUGUUCUCUGGAGCCGGGUUUAGGGCUGGAUGAGGUUGGGGCCGUCACGGCGGAGUAAGGUGGUUCAGGAGCCCCGGGAAGCCCAUGGUGGUCGGGAUUCCUUGUGCGUGGGGAAGUAAGUGGAAUGUUCUAGGUCCUGCCUGAUGGAGCUCACAUUCCCAUGGAGAAAGGCAGGCAAUUUUAAAAACAAACGCAGAACGGAAUAGACAGAAGCUGUACCGCAUUAGGAGAAAGCAAGGCGGGGAUGGGAGAACCGGGUUGAACAGUGGGGCCACGCCCCUCUGAGAAGGUUGCCAGGGAGCAGGGACCUCUGGGGCUGCGGCAGGGGAGGGGCAGGCGCCAGCAGGCGUGCAGGGCUGCAGCCGAGGGGUGCCACUGCGGUGUAGGAAGAGGGCAGGGGCCCAGCUGUCCUGGCUCAGCCUUUGGUAGAAGGGGAAGAAUUCAAUUACGUCCACAUUCACAAAUCUCCAAGACUGCUUGGAGAGAAAGAAGCCAGCGACAUUCCGGGGAGAGAAGCAGAGUUCGCCCACAUCGGGGUCAGCACCAAGUUCAUUACCGGGGUGUCACCAUUACCAUUAAGCGGCUUCCUGUUCCACAGCCUGGGUGGGGUCUGCCGACCUCAGAGCGGCCGGUGUGUCGCUCCGUCUCCUGUGGGUCCGCCGUGCCUUCCCCACAAGCGCUAUUUCUUCUGCAGUAAAAAGAAUCCCUGGGUUUGGGUUGUUUUCCACUCUAAGCCAACCGUGCCCAUUGUAGGAAAAAAUUGGAGAACAGAGAAAGGAUUUAAAAAAUAAAAAAACUCCCCAAUUUGGCCGCUCCAAGACCUGCCCUCCUGGGGCGCGUGGCUUCCAGUCUUCCCGCGACGUUGCUGUACGGUUGAUUUCUUUGCCUAGAUGCGAUUAUGCCGAGUGCACGGUCCCGUGCUUGCUUUCCACCUCGCACUUCAGAGCAAGCCUCUCCCGUGUCGGUACAAACCCUCGGUAAACACCAUUUCAAUAGCUGCACAAUUCUCCUGCAUCCCGUGCACGCGUCGCGCUGUAUUUAAACAGCCCCCCUCCUGUUGUGCCUGUGUGGUUUUUUUUUUUUUUCCUGUUGGUUUCCUUUUCUAGCAUAAAUAAAACAGCCUUUGUUUUCCCUC